UUAAUAAAAGUACAAUUGUCAUUCAAAACAUUUAAUUUCAUUUUAGAAUCUUUAUUUUUUGAAAACGUUUAUUACCAAAAGAUACCAUAUAUACAAGAAGAAAUAUGAUACAAGAAGAAAGAUAAACGUUGGUAAAGACAGUUGGAGGAUAAUCUUUUGUUUGAGUAGUUUUUGCAAGGCAAUGGCGAAAGUGCCCGUGGAAGAAGUGAUCCGUUUCAGUACGGAUUGUUUUAAAGCGCUCGGUGUGAACGCGAAAGCCGCCUGCCAGCAAGCGGAUAUGCUGUACCAAGCGGACCGUAUCGGAUAUUUCAGUCAUGGCUUAAAUAGAUUAGAAUUCUAUGUAAAUGAUGUUAAAAAUGGCGCCUGUACACCAAAUAAACAACCCAAAGUGGAAAAAGAAACUGUAUCGAUGGCGUGGGUGAACGCUAAUAACGUUUUCGGCUCUACAGCCAGCCACUUCAGUAUGGACUUGGCUAUCAAGAAGGCAAAGUGCAGCGGUGUCGGAUGGGUUUGUGUAAAAGAGUCCAAUCACUACGGUAUCGGUGGAUACUGGGCGAUGAAGGCCGCCAAGCAGGGCCUAAUGGCGUUCGCACUCAGCAACAGUUCGCCGCUUCUCGUGCCCACAAGGAGCAAAAAGGCAGUGCUGGGCACUAAUCCAAUAGCAUUUGUGGCUCCUGGGUGCGAUGACGACUAUUUCUACUUGGAUUUUGCGACAACAGCCGUCUCUAUGGGAAAAAUAGCGUUUUACGCACGUAAAGGCCGGAAACUGCCGGACGGCUGGGCUCUAGGCCCCAAUGGCAAAAUGACGAACGACCCUAAAGAGGCAAUGAAGGCAAGACAACUUAUGCCGUUAGGAGGUACGGAGAGUUCAUCAGGUUACAAAGGCUACGGGCUUGCGGCUAUGGUUGAAGUAUUAUGUGGAAUUACUGCAGGAUCAAAAUAUGGACAUCACAUUCGAUCGUGGGUAUUAUCGAACAAAAGUGGUGGAUCAGCCAAUCUUGGUCAUGCCUUUAUAGUAAUGGACCCCCAUCAGUUUGCGCCCGGUUUCAAGGAACGCGUUUCCGAGUGUCUAAGUUACUGGAGGAACAUGGAACCGGCGGAUCCAAAGCUACCAGUGAUAGCGCCUGGUGACAUGGAGAAGUUGGUUGGUGGAAAAACUGAUCGCGAAGGAACUAUUACAUAUAUAAAAAGAAUCCUUGAGCACAGUAGAAAAAUUGCUAAAGACCUAAAAGUUAAACCUCUAAAAGAAAUUCCACUUUAAUAAUAAAUCGAAGCAAGACAUAAAUGAUUUGAAUAAAUCCGAUUUAAUUUCUAUAUCAAACGAAGCGAAAGAACGUUUCAAAUAACGCAUGUAAAACUGUGGCUGACGUGGUUUGAUUAAAAUUUUCAGCUUCAAAUCUACGCAAUGUUGUUAUUAUAAUUUGAAAAUAAUAACGUAAAACUACAUUGAGUUAUAAUUUUUAU